AAUUCUAGUGUGCACUUGUUUGCAAAGUUUCAAAUUCUGAUGUUUACUAGUUUGCAAACUUUCGAACUUGAAGAUUAUCUUAUUUCUUAAUUUACCACUUUGUGAGUUUUCAAGCUUUCACAUCCACCGCUUUGCAAACUUUCAAAUUUCCAAAUUUACCUAUUUACUAAUUUGCAGACUUUCAAGUUUAGUAUUAUACAAGUUUUGCAAAAUUAGAGAUUUUCAACAGCGCAAAUUCUACAGCUUGAACAUUUGAAAAUUUUUUAAAUUCUGCAUAGGAAAAUAUGUUCUUAAAUACCAACUCCAAGAGUCCCUAGAAUCCUACAUCAACUUGCAAGUCUCAUACAUCAACUUAUAAUCCACCUACAAUCUAUGUAUUAUAAUCUAGCACCAACUCAAAAGACCAAUCCAAAUCACUCUUAUAUCCCAAACACUCUUAUAUUUCACCCCUCUCAAAUCCCUAAAUCCCUAAAUCUCUAAAUCAUCUACAUUCCACACAGCCUGAAAGAGCACAACCGCCUCUACCACUACGACCCAGCAGUCUCCAUCCAAGACAAGGUCGACAGCGAAGAAAAGGGUGCCAUGUACAAAUGCGACGUCUGCGGCAAGGUAUACAUAGACAAAUCAGUAUUAAAGCAACACAAGAUGAAAUCCCACGGCGGUAAACGUAAGUACGAGAAACGGAGAUACCUAUGUGCUCUUUGUGGCAAGGAACUGAAAACCGCCAAAGGUUUGGAGAUCCACAAUCGCUGGCACACGGGCGAAAAACCGUAUACCUGCGAAGUGUGUGGCAAGUGUUUCACGUGUGAAACACUGUUGAGGACUCAUAAUGUGACACACACGGGCGAGAGAAAGUAUUCCUGCGAUCAGUGUGGUAAAGCGUUUACACAGAGGUCCACGCUGGUGGUACAUAAACGGUAUCACACGGGAGAACGACCGUAUGUUUGUACGCGUUGCAGUAAGGGGUUUGUGACUAGGACGGUUUUGAAUACUCAUAUGAAGUCUUGUCACUGAUCAGGUAUGAUUUUAUUGUUUCUGGAAUUACUGAUGUUAACUCGUGAGUUGGCGUGUGAGGAUAAGCUUUUUUUACCUUGCGCCAUCUUUGAGGUAUCUCUGGCCUGCGCGCCAUCUUGUGGGUUAACGUCUGUACAUGUUUGAGGCUGGACUUGCGUUGUUUCAACGAAAAAUGCAUUUGUAAUGCAUUCUGAGGUAAAAUAUUACGAUUGGUAAUUUUAUCUUAGGUUUUGGAUUCUGGAUUUUUGGUUAGGUUUGUUGUAUUCAACUCUCGAUUGUUAUAUUUACGGAAAUUAAAAUUUGUUAGCUUUUGAAGUUCGAAAGAUCUACAUUUUUCAAGUUUCUUAAUUUUUACAGGUAGAAAUUUAGAAAUUUAUCGAUCACAAACCAUAAUGUUGAAGAGAGUUAAC